AUUUGGCUCUCCUCUGCAGCUGAAGGGCCUCGCCUGACAUCCCUGCCCGCAGUGACCUGCUGAGUGGCCGGCGGGCAUUACGAUGGUGUCCAUGGGCAGGCAGGUGCUGGGCCUCGCCCUGGGCAUUUUCGGCUCUUUCGGAACCAUCGCCGCUUGUGCUUUGCCGAUGUGGAAAGUGACAGCCUUCGUCGGGGCCAACAUCGUGGUGGCGCAGGUCAUCUGGGAGGGCAUUUGGAUGACUUGCGUGGUGCAGAGCACCGGGCAGAUGCAGUGUAAGGUCUACGACUCCAUGCUGGCUCUACCGCGGGAUCUUCAGGCGGCCCGGGCCCUCACCGUCAUCUCCAUCCUGGUGGGCGUUAUCGGCAUCCUGCUGGCCUUCUUCGUCGGGAAGUGGUCCACCGUGGUGAGAGACGAGAUCUCGCAGGCCAAACUGGCCAUCGUGAGCGGCGUCCUGCUGGUCGCGGCCGGGGUCCUCUGCCUGGUUCCUGUGUGCUGGUCGACCCACACUAUCAUCCGGAAUUUCUACAACCCGCUGUUAAGCAACGCUCAGCGGAGAGAGCUGGGCCCCGAGCUGCUGGUAUCCGCCAUGCAGUCCACUGGGAUGCAGAUUCUGGGAAUCAGCCUGGCCAUACUGGGCUGGGUGGGAGUGAUCAUCACCUGCGCCCUGCCCAUGUGGAGGGUGUCCGCCUUCACCGGCGUCAACAUCGUGACGGCCCACAUCAUCUGGGAGGGAAUCUGGAUGAGCUGCGUGGUGCAGAACAGUGGCCAGACUGAGUGCAAGGCCUACGACUCCAUGCUGGCCCUGAGCUCCGACCUGCAGGCGGCACGGGCCCUCAUCUGCAUCGCCAUGGUGACGGGCACCGCCGGACUCCUCCUGACCGCUGUUGGGGGCAAGUGCACCAACAUUGUUGCUGGGUCAUCGCUGAAGGCAAAGGCGUCGAAGAUGGCCAGCCUGGUCCUCAUUGCCACAGGUGUCCUCUGCCUGGUCCCCGUCUCCUGGACGGCCAGCUCCAUCACAAAGGACUUUUACAAUCCCAUGCUGACGGACGCCCAGCGUAGGGAAUUGGGGGCCUCCCUCUAUGUCGGAUGGGGAGCCUCCGUCCUGUUCAUCCUGGGGGGGGUGCUGCUUUCCAACCCCUGUGCUCUGAAAAAUGAGGAGAGCCUCUCUGGGAAGUACCUCAUCGUGAGGUCAUCCAGCGGGACCAGCAGGGUGGUCUCGGUGCGCAGCAGGUCCGUCUCCCAAAAGUCUUCCAUCCCGAUGAAGACCUACUUAUGACGGAGAAGGGUGCAUAAGGAGAGACUGCCGCUGGUUUUAGGGAGGUCUUUUUAACUGCCCUACACCAGUCUCCUCAGGUACGAACCAGUCAUGGAAGCCAGUUUGUAUGCUCAUGUACCUGUGGGAAGCUACACUUACGCUUGUCUGUAUUUGUUUCACCUAUUUACUGAAAAAUAUAUUAGAUAUGUUUUUAUUUAAUAUAGAAAAGUCCUUUUGUUAGCAUGGCUUGCUUUUCGUUUCAGUGUUUGAUUUGUUUUCUUUGCAAUAAAAGCUUGAUAAUAAAUCUUAAGGUGAUUUGUUUAUGAUAGAUGGCACUGCAAGCUAUCAGCGAACCUUGUAGCUCUUUUUCAGACAAAAUAGUAUUUAAAUAUUGAAAGAAUAUAUAGGGCACCUUUCAAUAAACUCCUCUACGUGUCUGGUGCCUCCCUGAAAUGUUCGUAAUAUUGCACUUUGAGCCAUUGAAUUGUCUUAUUGUAGGUUCUCACUUUGUUUGCAGUCGUUGUGUUGCACCUGCUUUGAUCCUGCUCACACCUGUACCUGAGCAUUCACUGGAAGCUCAGCCUUGCUGCACAUAUGCCUAGUUGACUCCUUACCUGCAUGAAUGCUUGUAAUAAGCUAUUUGCCUCAUCUGUAUGUUGCUUUGGACAAAAGCGUUGGCUAAAUAUGGAAAAUGCAAAAAAAAUGUAUAUGUAAACGAAAUGCUAUGCGUGAUCCGUGUCCAGGGAAUACAAUAAAACCUUUUGAAGUACUA